GAUUUCAACGUAUUCGCUAGACGGUUGCGGUAGUCAAGCAGAUAUUCUGCUUAAGAAUUUUACACAAAAAUAAAUUCUAAAAAAAAUCGAGCGCUAAAAUAAAAACGUAUACAAGAAAGAUAAAAAAGAAAAAUAAAAAGAUUUUAAUGGAAAAAUAAGCAACUAAAUAAUGAAGAAGUGAAAUAAUAAAAAAGUGCUUUGUAAACAUAAAGAGAUAUAUAAUUAAAUCAUUUUUAAAAUUUGUAAAAUUAAGAAAUAAUGGAAAUUUUCAAAUAUUAAUAAAUGAUUAAUAAAUUCUCUAUAAACGAUUAAGUUAAAAAAACACCAAAAACAACUUCAGCAUGAGUAACAAAUUGUUAUCGCCAGCACUUGCUUUCAAUAGCCAAUAUCAUCAAUUCAUUUAAAAGUUAUUGCCUUUGCAACAAUUCAAAGAAAUACCACAAAAUAAAUUAAAAUUAAAAAAUUAUCUUAUUAAUUAAAUUAUAAGCAAAAUAAAAAAUCCAAUUUAAAUUAACAAAAAAAUGAGUGUUGCAGUCUAUGAAAAUGAAACCGAAACUUGGCAAAAUUUCGAUGAUAAACUUAAAAAUCUACAGCCCCAAGAACAGGAAGCGGUUAAAAAAUUUUGGAGGUCUUUAGUAUUACGCUCACAAAGAGCCUUUUCGGAAAGCAAUGGUAAUUUACCACAAUAUGCCAAUGUACGCAGCUGUAAUUGUUGUCCUUAUGGCUAUCACAUCGAUUUGGAUUUUGUACGCUAUUGUGAAUCGCUGGCCAAUGCUAAGCCAUCCGAAGAAGAAUUACAGCGGCGCAGCCGACGACGAUCACGAAAAUCAAUGGAAUUUAUGUUGGGUUUGGAUUCAAUAUUCGAUCAAUGGGAUAGCAGCGAUAGACAGCAAACUUUAACCGAGCUGCCGCAGGAAAACGAACUGGAUUCGCCAUACCAAACCCUACAACGUACACCCUCUUUCACAUCUACACCCUAUCAGUAUCAACAGCCCUCACGCCAGAGAUCUUCAUCGGUGCCACGUUUUACUUAUGGUUCACAAACCUCAAACUAUCCCCGUUCUGAGUCUCCCUUUGGUACGGCCUCAUCUACCUGUUCCUCUUAUCGAGGAGCAGAAAGUGAUGUUCCAUAUCCGAUGCGCAAACCCGCCGUAAGUCCUCCAGAAACUAAAGCUUUUCUUCAUGAUGCUUUAGAUGAGGUGUGCAGUGAUUUUGAAAGAACUUUAGAGCGUGCUUCUAUGAAGCGUAAAAAGGCGGGUCAAAGAGAUGAUUCAGGAGGUGGGGAUUUGAUUGGUGGUCGAAUCACAAAGCCGGGUCUUAAUAACUACUUUAGCAUGGAUCGUAAUAAUAACUUUCCCAAGGCGAUGAGUUAUAGUUAUCAGGAGAGGCCACGUAAUGGUGGUUGGUCCUGGGAUUCAGCGAAUUAUGUUACAAGAGAUUCCUGUGUAACGGGCAAUAAAUCACCUAGAGCUUCCAGCAUUUACUCUAAAACUUUGCCAUUUCAACAGAAACUAUCACCGGCUGAGCAGCAAUAUGAAUCGUAUGUUAAGGCUACUGUGGCGGCCAAUGCUAAGUCACCAGUGGAGGAAUUACUUUCACCACCUACACCACCACCACGACGUCAUACCUUAACGGCAAAAUUAUCUUUAACCAGUCCACCCACUGCCCUAACCUCGACCGAUAGCGCUCAAUCGCCUGGUUCAGAUAAGGUUUUAUCUAGUUCUUUGUCUUCGCCGAUUAAGGAGGCUGGUGUAGCAGCGGCGGCCGCAGCAGCAGCUGCUGCUGCUACUUCUACAGAUGCCCAAACUUUGUUCAAUAUACGCCAGCAAAUGGCCUUGAGUUUGAAGCGAAUGAAGGAUUUAGAGGAGCAGGUUAAAACUAUACCGGAUUUACAGAGUGAACUCUCCCAACUGCGCGAAGAGAAACAACGCCUACAACAGACUGUCAAAAGCAAAGAGGAAGAACUACAAAAGGCCAAAGAAGCCACACGUUUCUCUUCCUCACCUAGUCCAGUACUUAGUCCGAAAAUAACAUCACCCGUACAAUUUCAACCGCAAAGAGUAAGUCCUAUUUCUUUAGAAAGUAUGGGCGCUAGAAUGCAAUCGAAUAACAAAAAAUCACCCAUAUUAAAGCGGGAUGUAGCGACCAUGUGCAGCAAACAAACUACACGGGAUAUAGCCGUAGGAAGUCCCAUACCGGUACAAAAAACCCAACGAGAUGUAGGCUGUAAUGCUGCGGUAACGAAAAAUAUUACGGAGAAUUUAUAUACUAAAACCGAAGUAGAGGAACGUAUCAGAUUGUCCAUACACCAGCAUGAAGAGGAAAAGAAAUUGGCGAGAUUAAAAGAUCUAAUAUCCGUGGGCACCCAGAUGUAUGUUCCGAAAAAAGACACUAAAGAUAGUGGGGCUCAAACUAAAGCCGAGAAGCCGGUACAAAAACACAAUGUCAGCGUAAUGGCCCAACCGACAACACGUGAAAGUUUUACUAACUGCAAACCAGACGUAAAGACGGUGGGCUGUUCAAAUGAUCGCGUGUCAGAUGUAUUGUGUGAGAAAUGUUUAGUCACGAAACGUACUGUUGCAUGCGCUACCGAAGAUGAAACGAAAGGGGAAACAGCCAAAACAGUCUCUCUUAAGUUAUUGGACAUGCCGGCUCGUAGUAAUACUUUCAGUUUGGGUGAUAAUGAAAAGUUGAAUAUAGCGAAGAAGACUAUAGGAACCCAAUAUACACCCAUAGUACAGCAUUCGGCAGGAAGUCAAACAACAUCUAUACAGCAGCACACGGUGGGGCUGCAGUUUUCACCACAACAGCAAAACACCAGCACACAAUUUGAGCUGUACACUGUGGCGAGACAGACGGAUACUAGGGAUUUGAUAAGACUGUGUACUUCCCAAACUAAUACAGAAGAAAUAGCACCACCCACCCCCGUAAAGGAGGAAAAACCUGAACCUGUUAAACCGGUUCUACACACAAAGGGUUGUAAUACCGAGAUUAAGAAUUUCAAAGAUCAUGGUGUCAAUACCCAGCCGCCCGUCACUACCAACUCCACUUCCUGCAAUACCGAGGAAAUACACAAACGUGAUAUAGCCUGUGGCGAUAUAGUCAAGCCCCAUAUUUCAAUAGCUUGUGCCGAUAAUUACUGUGAUUCUUGCAAAGAUGCCAUUAAAAAUUUAGCUAAAGAUUUCUCGAAAGUGCUGGCCAGUCCGCUACCCACAAGAGCUGCCGAAUCAAAAAUACCACGUCCCAAAAAUCUGCCCAGUCCUAGUCCGGUGAGAAGGCAAUUCUCGCGCCAGAACACCUAUACAGUGACACCCUCUCCAACACCCAGUCCAGUGUCGGAAAAGAAAAAUAUGGCAAGUUCCUUGCAAGAAAAAUCCUCCUCCUCGUCAGCAGCAUUUCAUCAAUUGGAAUCGUCAGGUGAAUCUCAAAGUUUUAUAACCGAGCCAGUAACUUUAAGUGCUAUAACCACACAAAAACCCAAAACAACCACCGCCGCAACAACAGCAGCAGAGGAAAAAUUAGCCUCAUCAUCGAAUAGCUCCCCAGAGGGUUCGCCACAACGUAAAUCCCUGUAUGACCUCAGUAAAUUGGGUGAUAAUGAGCUCAUAGUUAGAGAAGAGAAACGUGUAAGCAUUAGCUGGUCUAGAGACAAUUCACCAGCUCCCACUCCAUCAACAACCACAACAGCUAGUGCUAAUCAAAAACCCUCUACCGAGGAGGAUAAAUUAAAGGCACAAGAAGAGCCCUCACUAGCAGCAGCUGCUGCAGUAUGUGCCAAGGAAAUUUCUCAAGGAGCACGCAAGAAAACUUUACCCUCACCCUUGAAAUCUAGUCAUGAAAGUAAGAAUAAAACCGAAAACCCACAAAAAGAAGCAGAAGAAGAAACUGUACAGAAACCCUUACCCUCCAAGGCUUUGUUACAAAAAAUCGCCAUGAAAGAAACAGAGCCUAGGAAGAAAAUCACUCCCCCUAAAGAUAUGUUAGCCGCUUUGAAAGCCAUCAACAAUUCUUUGUUGAAAAAAUUGGGCUCCAAACCCAUUUCAUCUUUGAGUUUAAAGAGCUCCAAACAAACCAUACAACAGGAAUGGUUCCGCUUAUCCAGCUCUGAGAAUGCCGAUCCCCAUGAAGUUGAAGAUUAUUUGGAUUGUUUUGGAUUAUCGGUGCCAUUAUUAGAAUACUGUGUUAAUAUGGAUGCCAAUGGCAACACCGCUAUGCAUUAUGCUGUUUCGCAUGGUAACUUUGACGUUGUAUCCAUAUUGUUGGAUUCAAAGGUUUGCAACGUAAACCAAAUGAAUAACGCAGGAUACACCAGCGUUAUGCUCGUUUCAUUGGCAAAAUUGAAAAAUGCAGAACAUCGUACCGUCGUUGAACGACUGUUUCAGAUGGCUGAUGUCAAUAUACGAGCUAAAAAGCAUUGCCAAACAGCUUUGAUGCUAGCUGUGUCGCAUGGUAAUCUGGAAAUGGUUCAACUACUAUUGGCAGCUGGAGCUGAUAUUAAUAUACAAGAUGAAGAUGGCAGCACUGCUCUGAUGUGUGCUGCCGAACAUGGUCGCAGUGAUAUUGUUAAACACUUACUAACUCAUCCCGAUUGUGAUUCAUUAAUACAAGAUGUGGAUGGCAGCACCGCUUUUAAGAUCGCCUGGCAAGCGGGCCAUCGUGAUAUUGGCAUUUUCUUGUAUGUCCAUGAGCAAAUGUUGCGCAGCAAAAUGCCCAACCGAGGUGAAAAUUUGACCUUAAAACGCAGUCCACCCGCCACUUCACCACGUUAUACCCACAAAAGGCAGCCCUCUAAAUAAGGCAUUUGAAGAAGGUUCAUUUAUUUUGAAAUAUUUGAAUUCUGAAAAACAUUAUUUAAAAGCCAGUGUUAAGUUAGUUAAACAAACGAACAAAGUUUUUUAGUUUUUAAUUUAUUUAAACUCAAUUUAAAGCAUUUUGAAUGCCAGAUAAAUUUAAUAAAUAAUGAAAACGAAAAUUGCAAGAAAACACAGAAACACCUGUUGAUAAGAAGCCUCUACAUUCCAAUCCUUUAAAAAUUAAAGCAAUUAGUUCGAAAUUUCAAAGAACUAAGGACAACGAAUCAAGCGAUCAAACGAUAAAAUAGGUGUUUUCUAAAUAAUUAAGAACAUUUCUUUAAAAAAAGCGCACAAUUGCAUAAUAACAAAUUUUUGCAUAAUAUUUUUUCUUAAAUAAAAGCACAAAUAACAAUUCUACAAAUUUUAUAAAAAAUAAUUAACAACACAAGUCCCUCCAAUAAAUGUUUUUAAAAGCAUGAAAAAUUAACACAAAAACAAAAUCGGGUUCUUAAACAAAAUCUAUUAACUUAAACGAAAUUCUAAAUUUAA